AUGUCUCUCGCCCAGAUCGAUCCUUUUUCUGCUUUACAACAACAUCGGCUGGCGAUUUCAACUGGGGAUUUGGAAUGGCCUUCUUGUCCGCCCCCUCCUCUGCCCCCAAAAGCACCACCGUUACCAGUACUGGUUCAGAAACCGGUAGAAACCACUUUCUGGGAUGGAACCAUGAUCGCCCGUCCUCGCACGCCCAUCGAGACUUUACAAAAGCAGGCCGAGGCUAGACUCACUGCCCUAGAAGUAGAGGCCCGCAAGAAUUUUUUUGGCCCCCUUGUGGCACAUUUACCACAUUCAGAGAAGGACUGGACCGCGUCCAGUGGCAUGUUGGCGGCCGGCAGUCGUUGUAUUAUCCCUGCCGCGGGCUGCUCUGGCCUUCCUAUCAGACACGACAACAUAUUCUUCUUGUAUAGCCGCUUGGGUCGUCAUCUAUGGACGAAAGCCCACAUCAAACAUGAGGAGGAAAAGCGACGGGAGUCUGAGGGUGUACCUUUGCCGUCUCAGGAGGAGGAGCAGGAGCCUGAGUUUGUUAUGUAUCGAACCAUGGACAUCAAGUUCCUCGAUCCUCCCACUCCUACGUCCUCGUCAUAG